AUGCGCCCUCUUGUCCGGGCUUUGACCACGAACGACCUCCGACUGCUAGACAGUAUCAAGGCUGGCCCUGCUAGCCUUCUAUUUGCAUCACCCCAUCAUGUCGUGGUUUCUUAUCGCCCGACUUUCCGGGCAUGGUUUCCCACUGCGAGUCAGCGCAGGGGAGCCAAAACCACCACCACGAGGAAGGUGAAAGAGCUUCAACAAGGAGCAAUCAAGCCGGAAGCCUUACCCGAUAUGCCUACGGACGAUGAGCCUCAAUAUCCAGCCCUUCUUCAAGAGGUGAAAAAUAACAUGGCCAAAUUUGAGAACUGCAUUCUCCUCACCAAAGUGGGCAAUUUCUACGAACUGUACUUUGACCAGGCAAAGGAAAUCGGAUCCCUCUUGAACCUCAAGGUAUCGUCAAGAAAGACGAAGUUAGGGCCAGUUUCCAUGGCUGGGUUUCCAUACUUCCAGCUGGACAGAUUCCUCAAAACACUUGUGCAAGACCUCAACAAGUAUGUGGCUAUUUGCGACGAAUUCCCCGUCACCGUUUCCAGCAAGGUUAAAUCUGGGGGAAUGCUCUACGACCGAAGAGUCACAAGAGUGGUCACCCCUGGGACUUUGAUCGACGAAAAGUUCCUAGACCCAUACGAGUAUAAUUUUCUAUUGUCGAUUCAUCCAGACCCACUUCCACCUGCAACGCCUCUCGAACCAGAGUCGGCAACCAGUGAAACUGCUGAGCAGACCUUUGGCUUGGCCUGGCUAGAUCUCUCAACAGGGGAUUUCCUCACCCAGUCAACUGUUCGUAGUUCCCUACCAUCUGCGAUUACUCGAAUAUCUCCAAAAGAGCUUGUCCUGCCCCACGACCUUGACGAUGGCAUUCGAGACGAGAUCAGCCAGGUUAUUGGGCACGACCAUAGGCUUCUCACUGAGCAUAAAUACCAGACCCCUUUUACCUCCAUGUCCGAUUGGACUCCCAUGCUCGAAGGCCCUGUGGCAGCUGAUGCCGACGAGAUGUUCUCCAUGGGAGAGAAACUAGCAGGGCAUCGCCUGCUUGACUAUGUUACUCUUCGACUACAGGGUCAAGAGAUCAAGUUACUUCCUCCUCGUCAAAGAGAAUUGCACCAGAUUUUGAGUAUUGAUAGGAACAGCCUGCGAGGUCUGGAAAUCCUGGAAACUUCAAGAGAUGGACUGGGUAAGGGAAGCCUUUUUCACGCAGUUAGGCGGACAGCGACAAAAAGCGGCGCAAGACUACUGCGUGACCGACUGACGUCUCCUUCAGCUUCUCUCGUGGAAAUCGACCAACGCCUAGAUUUGGUGUCGACGUUCAUUGAGUCUGAAGAACUCACAGACUCACUCAUUUUCCGACUUCAGAGGACUUAUGAUGUUCAACGGCUGGUUCAGAAGUUUGCUCUGAACAAGGGCGAUGCCGACGACAUGCUUUCUCUUGGCAAGGCUGUUUCUGAGACAUGCGCUACAUGUGACAUUCUCCAUAACGCAGUUACUACUGCAAAGACCUUGGACCCAGACUCUGCUUCGAAUCACCCACUUGCCAUGCUAGUUGAUCGAUUCGAUCUCGAUGGACCAAGUGCCCUGGAAGCACGGAUAUCUCAAUCGAUCGACGAGGACGGUCUGAUGCGCAAGCAUCGUCUGGAGGAAGACGAAGCUGCUAGUGUGGCCGCGAUGGCUCAAGAAGUCGUUUUAGAAACCGCACCAGAGGAACUUGAGACACUACCGAAAGCGGUCCGUGUUCGGCGUAAAGCAAAUGACGACAUUGAUGGUGAGACCAAGUUGGAUGAACCCUGGAUCAUGAGACGAGACGCGAGCGACUCUCUCUGCCGACUUCAUGAAAAGCUUAGUGGCCUCGAGACCGAGAAAGUCGAGUUGACCAUCCGACUGAGGGAGCAGUUGCAAGCCCCAAGUCUGUUGCUCAAGCACACUCCAGGGCUCGGGCAUAUAUGCCACAUUCGAAGCCCAAGUGCCUUCGAUCGAAAUCAGCUUGAGCUUCUUCAUGCAAGGAUGGUGUCGUCUACCAAAAGUACGCGAUCAUUCUAUCUCGGGGACUGGACUCGGCUCGGUCGUAAUAUUGAGCGAGCAGUCCUCGACAUUCGCGAGGAGGAGAAACGCUUAUUUUCAGACUUGAGAGGACUGGUCAUUAAGAACCUGGUAAAGUUGAGGAGAAAUGCAACAAUCAUGGACGAACUAGACGUUGCCACCGCUUUUGCCACGCUGGCCAAGGAACAAUCAUGGACGCGACCUGUGAUGACGAGAGGAUUAGAACACAAGAUCAUCGGUGGCCGCCACCCGACAGUCAAGCUGGGCUUAGAGGAGCAGGGGCGGUCGUUCGUCAGCAACAAUCUCGUCUUGGACAAUAGCGAGAGAAUCUGGUUGGUCACAGGUCCUAACAUGGGUGGAAAGAGUACAUUCCUACGUCAGAAUGCGUUGUUGACAAUUCUGGCUCAAUCUGGAUCGUAUGUUCCUGCAGCUCACGCGGAAAUCGGACUGGUGGAUCAAAUAUUCAGCCGGAUAGGUGCUGCGGACGAUUUGUUUCGCGACCAGUCUACCUUCAUGGUAGAGAUGCUGGAGACGGCGGCGAUCCUCAAGCAUGCUACUCCUCGGUCAUUCGUGAUCAUGGACGAAGUAGGUCGUGGUACUACACCAGAAGACGGAAUCGCCGUUGGCUAUGCCAGCCUGCAUCAUCUCUAUCACAUCAAUCAAAGUCGGACAUUAUUUGCGACACACUUUCAUGACUUGGCCGACAUGACCAAAGACUGGGAGAAGUUGGCCUGCUAUUGCACCGACGUCGUGGAAGAUGGAUACGGAUCAUUCAAUUUUGUGCACCGAUUGAAGAAAGGUGUCAACAGACACUCACACGCAUUGAAGGUAGCCAAGCUGGCUGGGCUGCCGCCAGUGGCAUUACAAAUUGCAGAGAAGGUUUUGCACCAGCUCCUGCAAGAGAAGUCUACAGACCAUGCUGAUAACACGGGAGCCUGUGUUGAGCUACCACGGUCGAAUGCGCGAGCCGUGGCAGGUGGCGCUUGAGAAUCUCCAGGACACGUUCAUUCUUCUGGAAAUCUAGGAGGCUGCUGAAUCUCACCCUCGGCCGGCCUCGAGUUGGCCAAUGUCCCGCAAUUUUGACAUGUCCUUGCUUCGAUAUUGCUCUCGAAAGCCAACACGCCUUCCUUGACUUGGGU